AUGGCAAUUUUCACUGAAAACGUAUUACUCCUAAUGACGCUAACGAAAAUAACAAUGUGCUGGAUGAACAGACGAUCAUUAAGACGUUUACUCGUCGAAGUACAAAAUAAUUUUAUCGUUGACAAUUACAAUACUAUCGAGAAGAGAUUCAUUUUCAUGAAAUAUACCAAAUUGGCGAAAUAUUAUUUUUUAGUAGCAGUACCAACGAUGACUAUUGCCGGUGCAUUUUAUUACAUCCAAGAAUUGAUGCCUAACGUACGAAUGGCAAUAACAAAUUCAUCACUGAGUUACAAACUACCGUACAAAACACGAACCAUUAUCGAUAUACGCGAUAUUAGGAUCUAUAUUUGUCUCUGCAUUUAUCAGAUGUUGGUGAUACCGUGUAUUACAUUAGGCUUCGUUGGAUUCGAUUGUUUGUUUACCAAUCUCGCAUUUCAUAUUACUGCACAAUUUGGAAUUCUCAGUUGCACUAUCAGAGAAAUUCUCGACGAUUCUAAUGGCUUUCAAUGUAAUAUAAGAAAACUUGUUUUUCAACAUUACAAAUUGAUAAGUGGCAAUUAUAAUCUCUUUACAAAGGUACAGGCAGAAAGUUUGGAAAAUAAUUUUAAUGUAAUAAUAUUGCAACAAUUGAUGGGAACAACGUUACAACUUUGUAUAUCUGGUUACAAUACACUUCUGAGCACAGUAAGCAAAGAAGGAAUAACAUUGAUCUUAUUCUAUUCGUAUGCUUUUGGCGUCCUAAGUACAUUGUUUACUUAUUGUUACAUCGGCGAGUGUCUUAUUCAAGAAAGUUCAAACCUGAGCAAUGCAUUUUAUCGUUACGAGUGGUAUAACGUGUCACCAAUGAACUUAAAAAUGGUUAACAUUUGUAUGUUACGAAUGAAAAAACCACAACAGCUUACUUCCGGUAAAUUCUUCGUCCUAUCAUUGGCCUCCUUUACCGACAUUCUCAAAACUACGAUGGGAUAUCUGUCAGUACUACGAACACUUCUAUGA